UGCCGGAGUGGAAAAGUUGAAAUUUCACCGCUCGAAAGAGGCAAUAGGAAGUGUGCCAGGAUGACGACAGUGCCGCAGUGUCAUCGCUAGGGAAACGGCACCACCAGUGGCGCCGCGCACGGUUUGCUUCGAUCACUUUCGUAAACACACUCCAAACACAGCACAGGAGCUGGGACUUGCUGGAAGCCUGUGAUUAGCCGGAUCCGUUGUAGCCCACCACGAGCCAGUCAGUCCAGGAGACAAAGGUCGGCCACAUACCGCGAAACAUCUGUCGGGGACAGUUUAAAAUCCCCCCGGGGGUCGUCCGCGCCAAGGCCACCACCAGUCGCACAUUCGCAAUCAAAUUGAAACUGCUGUUGUUUGGUGGGUGAGAAGCCCUCCCGUUACUGCAAAUGGAUGAGGAACUCGAGAGGAAGAAGCUAUGAGUAGUAGUGGGCCUUUGAGGCCCCACCCAGCAAGCGAAGAAGCAGACCGCAAGAUGGCAGCAGUAGGUUUAAGCAGCAGCAGCAGCAGCAGCAGCAGAGGUAGUGGAUUGAUAUCAAGCAGAGUGGGCCAACAGCAGGUGGUGGCGACUGAACGCAGCACGGCCGGCAAGACUGGGAAGAGGAGAAGGCCGACGGUGGCAACCAGAACGACUAGAGCUAACGGAAGCAGCGCCAUGACGUCGACGAGAACAGUGUCCGAUUUUGUGUUCAACUUUCAUUUUCUUCUUUCGAUCGUUCUGCUGAUUAUCCUCGGCGGCGAUUUGACAACAUUACGUGGCGGCGUCGGCGGCGGCGUCUGGGCGGAGGAAACGGAACCUUUCGAUUCAGCCGGCCGGGGAACGCUUAUGUUCGGUGAUAAAUGCGAAAGCACCACUGACUGUGGCUUUGCCGGGUCCGUCUGCGAUCCCGGCACGCGCACAUGCCAGUGUACUUCCGAUUUGUCAGCAACGAACCACCUCGACAAGUGCGGCAAAAAGGCUCAGGUGAACGAGAGUUGCUUCUUCACCGAGCAAUGCGAGCAGAUGACGGAGCAAACGGAGUGCCGCGACGGACGAUGCAUCUGCCGCUUCGAGAUGAACCCCAUCUUCAAGCCGGACGGAACGGUCGAGUGUCGAGCAACGCUGAACAAACCAAUCGUGCCGGAAAAGUACAUCGAUCCGACCAUGAUCGGAGUGCUGGUGGCGAUGGCCGUCAUGUUCAUCAUCAUCUGCGUCGUCCUGCGGUUGUUUAGCAAGGCCCGCUGGCGUGAUAACCGGAGCAUCUUCAACACCCCGAACCCCCGGCUGAUGAACGUAUCGCUCCUGCGGGACAACAAGCCACUGCACCAGGAACGCCGCGGUUCGAGAAUGUCCGUCCGGCUGCCGUCCCGGCAACCGAGCAUGGCAUCGCUCCGUCCGCACUCGCCCAAUGCGUCGAUAGGUAAGCUAGCAGGUUCCCGUCGUGGAUCCCGCGGUAGCAGCAACGCCUCGGCCACCUCGACCCGCUCGAACCGCUCGCAGCACGCCAAGGACAACGGAACGGCGGCCGCCCAUCAGCAGAACGAAAGCGUCACCGUCGAAAUUACCGAGGUUCGAUCCUAAGCUAGAACCGAAAAAAAAAUAAACGAAUACCGGCAACAACAACAAAUGAAAUUUCAUCGCGACUCGUUAGGGACCAUUUACCGAACUAAAUUCUAGCUGAAAAAGGAAAAAAAAGAAAA